GUUCCUCGUCACCUGACAACGCCACAACAAAUAACAAAAAAUCGCAAUGGAGAUGAACAAGAUCACCUGCGCCAUUCUCUUCGCUGCCGCAACCGUCAGUGCCGUCGUUGCUCAUGAUGAGGCAGCGGCUCCAGCACCUGGACCAACCAGCGGCGCCACCGUCGGCCUUCCGGCAAUCGGCUCUCUCAUCGGCGCUUCGUUGCUCUCCGUCGCGGCCUACUACUUGCAAUGAUCAGAAGAAUUGGCUUCAAGCGGGGGAAGGGAAUGGAGUGAGAGAGUAUUGGUUCAUGUGUUGUUGAUAUUAUCUAGUUUAUGGGUGCGAUUAUUGGCAGAUUUUAU